AUGAUGAAGCUCAUCAUCCCUGAUGACUAUUCUCAGGCCAGUGAGUGGGCAGCCUACAUCAGGAACUGCAUCAUCCAGUUUAACCCAGGGCCAGACAAGUACUUCACUCUGGGGCUCCCCACUGGGAGCACCCCACUUGGCUGCUACAAGAAGCUAAUUGAAUACUAUAAGAACAGGGACCUGUCCUUCAAGUAUGUGAAAACCUUCAACAUGGAUGAGUAUGUGGGCCUUACUCAAGACCACCCAGAGAGUUACUGUUCCUUCACAUGGAACAACUUCUUCAAGCAUGUUGACAUCCAUCCAGAAAACACCCAUAUUCUGGAUGGGAAUGCAGCCGACCUGAAGGUGGAGUAUGAUGGCUUUGAAGAGAAGAUCACAGCUGCAGGUAGGAUUGAGCUGUUUGUUGGACACCUUGGCCCUGAUGGACACAUCACCUUCAAUGAAAGGGGCUCCAGUCUGGUGUCCAGGACCCAUGUGAAGACACUGGCCAUGGACACCAUCCUGGCCAAUGCCAGGUUCUUUGAUGGAGAUCUCACCAAGGUGCCCACCAUGGCCCUGAUGGUGGGCAUGGGCACCAUCAUGGAUGCUAGAGAAAUGAUGAUCCUCAUCAUGGGUGCACACAAGGCAUUUGCUCUGUACAAGGCCAUUGAGGAGGAGGUGAGCCACAUGUGGACCAUGUCUGCCUUCCAGCAGCAUCCCCACAGAGUGUGUAUGAUGAGGAUGCCACCCUAG